UGGCUGGGACGGUCUCUGCCAUGGCUUCGGAACUUUGCAAAACGAUCUCGGAGGCCAAGCUUGAAAGGCAUAAGAAUCUGUUCUUAAACUACCGAAAUCUGCAUCACUUUCCUCUAGAAUUGCUAAAAGAUGAAGGCCUGCAGUACUUGGAGCGACUCUAUAUGAAGAGAAAUUCACUGACCACUUUGCCAGAAAAUCUUGCCCAGAAGCUUCCAAAUCUUGUGGAACUGUAUCUCCAUUCAAACAACAUUGUUGUCAUACCUGAAGCAAUCGGCUCUCUGGUUAAACUGCAGUUCUUGGACUUGAGCGACAACGCCCUCAAAAUUGUAUGCCCUGAGAUCGGCCGCCUGAGGUCCUUGCGCCAUCUCCGACUGGCUAACAACCAACUGAAAUACUUGCCAGCAGAGGUUGGAGACCUUCGAGAGCUGCAGACGUUGGACAUUUCAGCCAACCAUUUGAUAACGUUGCCCGAGAAGCUGCACAUGUGCCUCUCUCUUCAAUACUUGACAGCUGACCGGAACCAUCUGUGGUGCGUCCCUCGCCACCUCUGCCAACUCCCCAGUCUCAAUGAGCUCUCCAUGGCUGGAAACCGUCUGGCCUUCUUGCCACUGGAUUUAGGUCGUUCCCGAGAGCUGCAGUACGUUUAUGUGGAUAACAAUAUUUACUUGAAAGGGCUCCCCUCUUACCUUUAUAACAAAGUCAUCGGCUGCAGCGGCUGUGGUUCUCCCGUUCAGAAGUCAGAGACGAAGCUCCUCUCCUUUUCUUCGGGGCAGCUGACCGUUUUUCUCCCGGCGGAGGUGAAGUCGAUCGGGACACACUUGGACCCCGUCCUGCCCUUGCAGGAGAUGGCCAUGCGGGCGCUGCACAACACCUACUGCGGCUUUUCCAAAGAUCUCCAGCUCCUGACUCCAGUCGCAUUACCCAGAAGUCUCUCGGAACUGUUGCGCUGCCCUCUGGGACACUGCCACCGCUGCAGCCAACCCAUGUUUACAAUUGUCUACCCAAAGCUCUUCCCCUUGAGAGAAACACCAAUGGCUGGAUUGCAUCAGGGGAGGACAAGCAUCAGUUUCGUGGCGUAUUGCUGCUCUACCUGGUGUCUGCAGACUUUCGACCUAUUGAGCUGAUAAAAA